AAGAAUGUAUUCUUUCUCCCCAUUGUGCUCCUUCAUCUCCUCUGCCUACCAAAUUAUAGACACGCUGGCUGUUCAAUUGCAUAGGCCAUAAUAGUUUUCUGCUCUCUCUACUUCAGAACAGACAUUUUCCUCUAGGCCUUUCCUCCUGCCUCAGCCCUAGCGCGCCAUAGGAGAGAACAUCCGCCGAAUAAGACCGGAGAGUGAGCCCUAGCGCGCCAUAGGAGAGAACAUCCGCCGAAUAAGACCGGAGCUGGAAUGCUUUGACGUCAGUAGCAGGCCAACCCAGGCCAGCGCUCAGAGCCGAACAGACGGAGGUGAAUGCGCGAAUAGGCGAGCCUACUGCAGAGAGAGACACACUCACAUCGAGCAUCCCUGUUGCCUCGUCCUUUGCGGAGAUAUCGGGGCACGCAAAAACUACGCACCUGGCACAGUCAAUACAACAGGGGGAGGGGAAAAUAUUGUGUAAUAGCGUUAUUAAGAUUUUAACACAUCAAGAAGGCUAGUAUUAUUGGUAUAGAAAGAAGUGCAUUGCUGUUUACAGUGGUGGGUCGCUCCACUAGCCUCAAGGAUAACGCAUGAUAACGCACGCUAACAAUGGUAAUGCAUCAGUAGAGAGAGCCUCCAGCCCAACCCUCCCUCUCUUCAUACCGAGACCACUCAUCCAGACUGAGACUGUCUCCAGCACCAACACACCACUCCCCUCACCCCGCCCUUGCCCCGCCCCACCCAGACAUGGCUACUUCUAAGAGUGGCUACAAGGGCAAGAUCGCCGGCCUCUACGACCUGGAUCGCACGCUGGGGAAAGGACACUUCGCCGUGGUCAAGCUGGCCCGCCACGUCUUCACAGGCCAGCUGGUGGCGGUCAAGGUGAUUGACAAGACCAAGUUGGACACCAUAGCGACGGGCCACCUGCUGCAGGAGGUGCGCUGUAUGAAGCUGGUGCAGCACCCCAACGUGGUGCGGCUCUACGAGGUCAUUGACACCGCCACCAAGCUCUACCUCAUCCUGGAGCUGGGCGAUGGAGGGGACAUGUAUGACUAUAUCCUGCGCCACGAGGGUGGAGUGGCCGAGGACACUGCUAAAGUUCACUUCGCCCAGAUCGUCCAGUCCAUCUCCUACUGCCACCGGCUCCAUGUGGUGCACCGAGACCUCAAGCCAGAGAAUGUGGUAUUCUUCAGGCAGCAGGGAACAGUCAAGCUGACCGACUUCGGCUUCAGCAACCUAUUCAAGCCCGGGACCAUGCUGAUGACCAGCUGUGGUUCGCUGGCUUACUCCGCCCCAGAGAUCCUGCUGGGGGAUGAGUAUGACGCUCCGGCUGUAGAUAUUUGGUCACUGGGGGUGAUCCUCUUCAUGCUGGUGUGUGGACAGCCGCCUUUCCAGGAGACCAAUGACAGUGAGACGCUCACCAUGAUUAUGGACUGUCGCUACACCGUCCCCGCCCAUGUCUCCGCAGACUGUAAAGAUUUGAUCUCCCGUAUGCUGCAGAGGGACCCGUCUAGCCGUGCCUCCCUGGAGGAGAUCGAGAACCACUCCUGGCUGCAGGGGGUCAACCCCUCCCCCACAGGGCACAGUGCCGCCCCCCUCACCUCCCACCACAGCCUGUCCCAGGAGGAACAUGAGAUCAUCCUCCAAGCCAUGAUCAGCGGCAACAUCGCUUACCGCGAUGCCAUCCAACAGGCUCUAGAAGCGGAUCAAUACAACCACAUCACAGCCACGUAUUACCUGCUGGGGGAGCGCAUCCUGAGAGACAAGCAGGAGCAGCCCAGCGAGAUCCCGAAAGUCGACAGUUCAUGGGCCGAGCCAUCACAACUCCAGAGGCCGCGGUCUGAGCCUCUGGAUCUGGAGCAGAGGGGGCUCCAUGGCCUGCUGGCUGGCUGUCCCCGCCGAGGGGUGUCUGAUGCUGGGGACUUCCUGACCCACAGGCCCCUGCUGCUUCAGCCACAGCCAAGUCGCACAGAGAGCCCCUUCCCUGAGUACAGCACAGAGCCCUGCCUGGGGCUCACCCUGCGCCCUUCACCCCCUGACGAACCGCCACAGGUCAAGAGCCUGGGAGCCCUGCAGCUCAUCUGUGAAGAGGAAGAGGAGGAGGAAGAUGAGGUGGAAGAGACAGGCAAACCACAUGUUGGACUUCAUAAUAUUCAAACACUGCCUCAUAUAAUAGGCUUUGUAUCAACCUCUGUGUCUACAGAACAGUCUAGUCCCAUGCUCACAGCUCCAGAGGCGCCACAGAGCCCAGUCAGAGUUGUCCCAGGUCAGGGAGAGGAAACAGGCCAGUUGGCCACCUCAGUGGAGGAAACACUGGAGACAGAGAGGGGGGAGUGGGACAGGGAGCUGCAGGCCAGGGUUUCUAGCCACAGCAGAGAGAUGGAGCCUGACCAGGUGGCAGCCAGACAGGAACAGGAACAGGAUACGAUGGAGUCAGGGGAGAAGCCCAUGGAGGAAGGAGACAUGUCAUGUGACCUACUGAGGCUAGGUAGUCAUUUGACUUCAGACCAGCCAAUCAAUGGUAGUUCGAUCAGCCCUCACCCUCCAUACCUGCCUCGCCUCGGGGGGGUGCAGUGUUGUUGUGGGCAACAGGAAACUCCCAGGCCAGACAUCAUAGAAGGGGAAGAUGCUAUUCUUAAAAACAACAACACCACCACAGAGUCCAAGCCUAAGCUCCUGGUGCAGGGUGGGGGGUCCACCCCAGGCGCCUCACCCCGCUCUCUGCCCCAUAACCACUGUGUGGACCUGGGCCCCGACGGGGUGGAGACGACCCGCAAGCUGGGAGGGCCUGGGGGGGACACUCCGGAGGAGCUUCAAUUAGAGAGAUCCCACAAUGCAUCACAGGGUCGCCUUGGGCCCAGGGAGACGGGGACCGACCCUACAUUCAGACUGGAUCCUGGAAAGGGGAAGAAUGUGAACCUGAGAGACCGCCUGCUGCAGUUCCCUCUCUGUGAGAAGGCCCUGUCCUUCAACAUCCAGCCCACCUCCAAGGAGAAACUCCUGCCCUUCGCCCAGUAUAACUGCUGCCAUGUACUGUAGGCAGGGCCACCUGUUAAUAGCCUAUAUUUCCCACAUUACUCACUCUAUCCCCUAGCCAAGUGGUAGGAAUGGGCAUCACUCCAGACACCCUCACACCAGGCCCAGACCCUGUCAAUGUUCCAUCUACUUCAACUUCAACACAAAACACUGGUGCAGACAAUAUGUAGCCUAUCUGAACUAUCAGUCUGCGUCCGACCUAAACUGAAUUAUCAUACUGUGACCUCAGACACGUUCCAGCCAAUUGUAGUUAUACCUGUGUAGCCCCCACCCUGACCUCUUUAUACUUACCGUCUACUGCUGCUUCCUUUGUGAGACAAAAACUGGACCUCAUUGUGCUGCUAUGUACUGGACUAUAGAAAAUGCUUUUUGUGUGGUCUUCUUAGACUGUCACUAUACACAGUAACUUUGUAUUGAUUGCUAUCUUAUUUGCCCUUGUAUCAUAGCUUUUCAUUUUGUACUAGCUUAUCUAGAACUGAGCCCAUUUUAGCAUAUGGUAUGUUGUCACUGAGGCCUGCUAGUACAGUGCUAUAAUUGGAAUGUGUAAGAUGAUGCAUGCUGUAUAGGUGAAAGCUACACUCCAUGCCUCAGGCGCCAUCCUGCGUUAGCUCAGCUAGCGGCCUGAUGGAAGGUGUGAUGAUGCUCUUGACAGUGUAGCUGGAAGCAUGGUAUCGUUUAAUGCUGGGGGUUACUUACAUCAAUGACAUUGUUGGUGCACUAAUGUGGGUGCAUUGUUGAAUCUCAGUGGUACACAGUAGUGUAGAGGAGAUGUGUCGGGCAGCGUUGCUCAUGGUCACGUGAUGAAGUAGCCCCGCUUGCGAACUUCAAAACCAGUGUCUGACCUUGGACAAGGAGGAAUUUCCUCUUGGUCUACUGGUCUAAGACGUUGGUUGCUCCCUAGGGAGACCAGGGAUGAUAUCCUGCAUGUUACAUUGGUGCCCAACGUGAGGCGAUCUCUCGUGGGGGAGGAGGUCAAAGGGGGUGAAUGUAGUGGACUUGUCGGGCUUGGUUGCUCAUGGUCACGUGAUGAGGUAGCCCCGCCUGCAAACUUCAAAAUCAGGGUCUGCGUUCGGACCCGUCGGAGACCAUGGUUCAUAUCACGUGUGUUACAGUAGCAAGGCUUGGGAUCUAACCUGACUAUAAGAGCAACACCCAGGGAGAGAAAACAUUUUGGACAGAGUUUCAUAAUGGAGACUUAAAAAAUAAAGAUAUGAUAUGGUAUCAACUAAGUAAAUGCAGGUCUUCCAGAUUGUUUGUGUAUAUGUACUUUAUCUUUAUUCUUACAAAUGCUAUUGAACUCUUUUAUCAUAACUUUUUUUGUCGUAGAAAAGAGGUGUGUGAUUAUAACUAUUGUUUUGUGUUCUAAAUGUGACAGAAUUAAUCAUGAGUGAUCAUGAGUCUCAUGAGUGCCCAUACGAAGAAAAAAAAGAAAUUUAAAAUAUAUGUUUUGAUAAAUUAUUUAGGAUACAUGUGAAAUUUUUUAAAUUGGCCAAAUAAUAUAUUUUUAUUUAUUGAAUACACUUUAAAUACAUUCCAACAUAAAUUACAGAAUAUAUUUAAAAGGUUUAUAUCAAUGUGUAUAAAAUGUAUAUCACAAUAUAUGUUAAAGUCAUCAGAAAAUGUAUUUAACGUAUUUUAAAAUGCAUUCAGAAAUACAUUAAAGAUGUAUUUUAGAAUAUAUUUUGACAUGUAUUUGGAAGUGUUUUGUUAAAUAUAUUCCACCAUGCAUUUAAAUGUAUUUGUAAGAAAUAUAUUUGUUUAUUAAAAUGUAUGGCAAACAUUAAAAAAAAGCCAAAUCAUAUCGUAACAAAAUGGUGACUGUCUUAAGCUUUAGUAGGCUCUUUGGUAUCACAUGCAGUUAUGUGAGUCUCAUUAAGACUGCAAAACUGUCAGUCUACAAGCUUAACAUUUAAGCACAGAACACAACAUAACACAUUAAGUGUCAUGUCAAUUUGUCACAUGAGAGGUCAAAAAGCACUAAGACUAAGCCACGCCCCAACAAGUCCCACCUCCAUGUCUUCUAAUAGGCUGCCACCAUCACACAAUCUAUUUUGUCAAAAUGCAUUUAUUGUACUUGACACAUACCAAAAGCACUAACAUGCAUAUAAAUGCAUUUAAAUGACAACAAAAAUAACUACAAACAUGAUACAUUAUUGGUCAGUGAAUGUGCAUAUGACAAAUAAACAAACAAACUUGAUGAGAGCAUUGCAACUAAUGUCCAACGGGCAGAAUUUAACGUGUGCUGGGUCGUUCCACAAAAAUAGUGCCUUUUGCGUCCCUUUUAUAUGUUAAUUUGAAAUGAUGCACCACUAUUGAAUUUUAAAAGCCUGUUAUAUGAAAUUAGGUGCCCUUUGAUAUAGACCACAAGGAUAAUUCAAUAAAUCUCAAUUUGAAUAAAGCUUCCAAUCCUCCUGUCACGAGGAUUUAUGGCUGAUGUAACUAGUAGUUACCAGUUGGAGGGCCAUUCAAGUGGAUUUUUCCCAGAUUUGUUAAAUUCCCAAUUGGUUACGAAUGCACCAUAACACCACUAACCAUCCUCUGUAGAGCCGCUAUAAUACCACUAACCAUCCUCUGUAGAGCCGCUAUAACACCACUAACCAUCCUCUGUAGAGCCGCUAUAAUACCACUAACCAUCCUCUGUAGAGCCCCUAUAACACCACUAACCAUCUUCUGUAGAGCCGCUAUAACACCACUAACCAUCCUCUGUAGAGCCGCUAUAAUACCACUAACCAUCCUCUGUAGAGCCGCUAUAACACCACUAACCAUCUUCUGUAGAGCCGCUAUAACACCACUAACCAUCCUCUGUAGAGCCGCUAUAACACCACUAACCAUCCUCUGUAGAGCCGCUAUAACAUCACUAACCAUCCUCUGUAGAACCGCUAUAAUACCACUAACCAUCCUCUGUAGAGCCGCUAUAACACCACUAACCAUCCUCUGUAGAGCCACUAUAACACCACUAACCAUCCUCUGUAGAGCCGCUAUAACACCACUAACCAUCCUCUGUAGAGCCGCUAUAACAUCACUAACCAUCCUCUGUAGAACCGCUAUAAUACCACUAACCAUCCUCUGUAGAGCCGCUAUAACACCACUAACCAUCCUCUGUAGAGCCACUAUAACACCAAUAACCAUCCUCUGUCGAGCCCCUAUAACACCACUAACCAUCCUCUGUAGAGCCCCUAUAACACCACUAACCAUCCUCUGUAGAGCCGCUAUAAUACCACUAACCAUCCUCUGCAGAGCUGCUAUAAUACCACUAACCAUCCUCUGUGGAGCCGCUAUAACACCAACAACCAUCCUCUGUAGAGCCGCUAUACACCAAUAACCAUCCUCUGUAGAGCCCCUAUAACACCACUAACCAUCCUCUGUAGAGCCCCUAUAACACCACUAACCAUCCUCUGUAGAGCCGCUAUAAUACCACUAACCAUCCUCUGUAGAGCCGCUAUAAUACCACUAACCAUCCUCUGUAGAGCCGCUAUAACACCAAUAACCAUCCUCUGUAGAGCCCCUAUAACACCACUAACCAUCCUCUGUCGAGCCCCUAUAACACCACUAACCAUCCUCUGUAGAGCCGCUAUAAUACCACUAACCAUCCUCUGUAGAGCCGCUAUAAUACCACUCAUUGGAAGCACAAGACCUAUACCUACACUUUGACAUAUUGUGGAGCGUUGUAUGAUGUAUCGUUUUUGUUUGAAUUGAUAAAACAUUUUAUAAUAAUAAAAACAGCCUAGUGCCCAAUGUUUUUAUUAUUUAAUUAAGCUGAAGAGAGGCACUUACUAAUAGUCUGUUUGUUUGUUUUUUAUGGGGAAAACAUAUUUUUUAUGAAGUUGAACAUGUGCUCUUUAUGACAGAAUGUAAUAAUUAGGUAAAAUCAAAUGUUUUUUUUGUACUCACCAUCACAAUUUAAAUUAUAUCACUGCCAAAGUUUUGGCUUUGUGGCCCAACAUUAUUUCUCUGUUGAUCAAUACAAAAUAGCAAAUUAAGAUGUCAUAGCCAUGUGUUUCUGGAAUAUUGUCAGGCAUUACAUGCAUUUUAGUAAAGAUGCAAAUGUAUCUACAUGUAUUUGAAAUAGAUUUUAUUUUACGUUAAAUAUAUUGAAAUGUAUUUUUUUCGUAUGGGUGAGGAUACCUGUAAAAUGUUGUUGGAUUUGCUGUGUGAUUUGUGUAUACAUUUUGUCUGUCUAGUGUUUUCUGAGAGAACGUACUGCUACUACUGUAAGAGAUACAGCUUGAUCAAAUUAGAAAUCCUACUCUAGUCUAGAUGGGAACUAGCUAUUAUGCAAGGAACAAAUGUUAUUGGAGAGUGUUACAGUACGAGUGUCUUCAGAAAGCUGUGUUCUUUCCCAUCAGUGGAAUGCCCAGAGGAACCAUGGAAGAGUGGUACACGGAAAUCCCAUGCUACUGAAUAAGAGCAGAAUGAAUGGCGUAGUCUCAGCCCCCUCGUUGUGGAAGAGAAGAGUGUAGGGAUGGACACAGAGCACUAACCUCAGCUGGCACAAAUAUGAUAUGAACACUCCAACUCCACCUCCCCUGUCUUCUUUCCUCUUCUGUCAUUGGACGGGGGUGGGCCUCGGAUUCCACCAACCGGCUGUCUCGUCCUCCUCCACACCUGACCUGGAGACAGCUGACUGAGGUGUGUCCAUCUGUCUGUCGGCCCAUUGACCCUGAUUUAAAAUAUGACUAUGUCUCGAUGAGAUUAAUUUAUUUUUGUAUUUAUUUAUUAAAGUGGAUUAAACCAG